AUGCAUCAAGUUCCAAAUGAAACUAUGAAGCGUAUUCCAAUACUACCACCAUCAUCAUCAUCAUCAUCAUCAUCAAUGCCAGUUAUGUCAUCAACAAAUAAUCCAUCAGCACAAGAUCUUCUUUGGAUAAGUAAACAACAACAACAACAUCCAUCAACAUAUGCACAUCCAUUGAAAAAUACUAUACGUGUUAAUUCACGAGGUAUACGUUAUAAAUUUGAUGGUAAACAAUGGCGACCAUUAUGUGUAUCACCAGAUGGAUAUGAAUGUCGAAAUUUAGCAUUUCGUUCUUCACUGUGUCAAAAACAUUUUUAUAAAGUACAUCUUUUUAAACGACCUUAUGCUAAAACUAAUUCAAUAUCAUCACAAUCAUCAUCAUCAUCUUCAUCGUCAUCAUCUGGAAUUCCUCCACUUACAUUAAAACGUCCAUUACCAUCAGAAUUUGAACAGCAUCAUCAUUUUCAAUCUCGUCAUAUAAAUGAACAACAACAUCAUCAUCAUCAACAACAACAACAACAACAACAACAUCAACCACCAAAACAACAAAAUUCAAUUAAUGAUGAACUUGAAGAAAUAUAUGAAGAUGAUGAUUCAAUUGAAGUUAUUGAAGAUAAUGAUGCAAUAGUUAGCAAACAAGAUACAAAUCAAUCUCAUUCAGAAUUUAGUUUUUUUUCUAUUGAUUGUGAUCCUCAAAUAAGUUCAGAUACAUCAAUAACAAAUCAAGUCAAACCAGAACCGUUAACAACAACAUAUACUAGUCGAACAGAAGGAAUAACUAAACGAUUAGAUUCAACAAAUACAGAAUCUGUUAUAUCAAAUGAAUCUGAAUCAUCAUCAUCAUCAUCAAUAAAUAUAUCAAUACCAAAAAUUAUGGAAUCAAUACGUCUUGGUAUACCACCAUUAACACGUACAGAAGAAAAAUCUUUAACUAAUGAAUUAAUUUUACAAUUACCAGCUGAUGCAUCAUUUACAACAGGCGAACAAAUGGCACGUCGUCGUGCAUGUGAAAUUGUUUUUGAUAAUUAUUCACAUAAAUUUUCAUUAGAAAAUAUAUCAAUAGAAUGGUUUUAUGAUUUUUUAUUACGUAAUCCACGUAUACCAAUACAUUUUCAAUCAUGGUUUUCAUCUAUUAAAUCAAUAUUACCAUUAUCAGAUCAAUUAAUUGAUAUUAAAAUAUGGGAACUUGGACUUGUAACACGAUCAAUUUUACCUUCAUCUUCAAUUUCAACAUCUUCAUCAUCUUCACCUUAA